AUGGGUGAGUAUGAGGGUAACUUGGGUGGAGGUGAAAAGGACUACGAGUACAGUACACCAAAUAUGAGUCGUGAACCAAGUAUUGCACAACCCACAAGGCAUCAUGGCAACCACGAUCGGCGGGGUUGUAGUUACAAGACGUUCAUGAACUACAAGCCACCCAUUUUUAACGGAGAAAUUGAUCCCAUUUUGUCAUCAACAUGGAUCAUGGAGAUUGAGGGAACGUUCGAUACUAGUAAGUGUGCGGAUGAGGACAAGUCUGCUGUUGAUGCUGUAGAAGGUCGCGAACGUGAGAAGAAUCGUCAAGGUGAAGACAGGGCUUUGGGGAAAAGAAAAUGGGAUGGUACAAAUAAUGAUUCGAAGAAGGGCAAGACUUUAGGGCAAGAACGUAAGAGAAAGGCACCAGCAAGUGAAGGGCCAGAUUCUAAGACUGAAUCGGAUGUUCGAAUUGAAGAAAAUCAACCAGUUCGUAAUGAGGAGGAAGAGACUGUUUGUAAUGAGGACCCGACUAUGAACCAAGAGCCUUUAGUUCACAUUGAAAAGGAGACUAUGAACCCAUUGGUAAACCAAACUGUUAGUAACUCUGUUCCUUCUCCUCCUCCUUCACCAAACACAACCUCAACCCCUAUUACAAUUGUUCCAUGUCCCCCUCCUAUUACCUCAUCUCGACCUACAACUAUUCCUAUCUCCACACCAAUCUUAACUGAUUCAACCAUAACACCCCUCUCUUCAACGAACCCUGAAGUCACGGUCAACAUAUCUGAUACAGGGCUACAACUUCAGUAUUCUCUACCUAUAUUUCUUCACCCAUCUCUCCCAUUCCUUAAAGUGAUUCAUGAGAAACUUGACCAACUGCUACUUGUCUCCAAGGCUUCCUCCUAUGACGCCUAUUCAAAAGCAACAUUUAAGUCAUUGUUUGAGCGCAAAAUGAAAGAACAUGAUGUGAAUGCUGCAAAGAUGAAUGUUGCAGUUUCAGAGUUUGUUGAUGUUUGCAAGUCAACGACCGAAAAAUUCGAUAAACUAAUUGUUGAAACAACCACCUUCAUGGAGAAUUACAGAACAACCUACAACAAUAACAUUACAUCCGCGAAUAAGGCCCUUUAG